UUACUGCUCCAGUUGCCUUGAGUCUGUGGAGGAGAGAGGUUACGACAGAAAUAGUCUCCUAAAUCCAGUGUUGAAAUAGACGACGUAAGAGGUAUACCACCGACCUUCACGGAAGUUGUGUCCUGCGUUAUCCCGCGUACCGUACCACCACAGCAGCAGCCAUGCCCGGCAAGUGUCCUCGCUGCGAGAAGGCCGUCUACUUCGCUGAGGAGAAGAUCGUCCUCGGCAAACCCUAUCACAAGAUGUGCGUCAAAUGCGGGAACUGCAACAAGCUGCUGGACAGCGGUUCGGUCACCGAUCACCAGGACGAGAUGUACUGCAAGAGCUGCUACGGCCGUCUCUUCGGACCCAAGGGCUAUGGCUACGGCGUCGGCGCUGGCGUCCUCUCCAUGGAUGACGGCACUAAGUAUCAGAACGGUCCGCCGCGCAGCAACGUUCCGUCCACCCUCGAGGCCUACAUCGCACCGCUCAAGAACCACGUGAGCAGCUCAGCUACCACCACCACCAUCAUCACCGAUGACAGCACCACCAACAACAAUACCACAAUCAUCACACGCGAGACCUCCAUCACCAAGAGCGGCUCUGCCAACAACAUCACCAACAACAACUACAACGCCAACAUCAACAAGACUGUGAGCUCCAUCAACCAGGCCAACCGCCCCCUCAUCACCAACAUCCCCAAAACCACAUCCAAGUGGGGUGGAGGAACAUAUUCCUGCACCCGCUGCUGCAAGGCAGUGUUCAUGGCAGAGCGUGUGAUGGCCGCGGGGGGUGCGUGGCACAAAGCUUGCUUCACUUGUCAGGAGUGCAACAAGAGACUUGACUCCCACAGCAUCAGGGAGCACGAGCGCAACAUUUACUGCAACCCGUGCUACGGCAAGAACUUCGGGCCCAAGGGCUACAUGAGCUGGUCUGCUGCGAAGGUCUCAUAAGAACUGGCACUUCGUGCGUGCAUCGAGGACGCCUGGAUGCUCGAUGUCUCAUGGAUGUCCCUGUCAAUCCUGUCGCCAUUUGGAUCACCCCAAACCGCCUGAAGUUUUCUACAAUAUAUCGCAAGAUUUAAUUUACAUUUCGAAAAUUGAAAAUUAAGAUUCGUUCACUAUUUUAAAGAAUCUUGUAACUUUAUGUCUGUUUGCAUUAAGCACCAAUUUAUCGAAAUUUCAUUGUGUUAUCCUGCAUUGUUACGGAUACCUGAUUCCUAUAUUUCCUUAGGACAAUUAAAUUAUGCGUGUCUUUGUCAUGUUUUGCGUUUGUGAUUAAUUGUGUACAGUUUUUACCGAUAAUUAAUCGUUGUUCAAGCGAUGAUGUGUGCCUUAUAAAUAUUACUUGUCGCGCGUGCAGUCUUUUUGAGGGCAUACCACAGCCCUCGUGGAGCUCUCGGCAAGCACAAUUCUGCCAUUAACGCUGCUCUCAAGUUCAUCUUCAAUCAAACAUUACCUCAAAUAUUUUUCUCUGUGCCUCAAAAAUUCCGUCCAGACUAGACGAAGUUUCAAUAUAUCACUAAUAACCGUUUGACAAUCAGAAUAAUAAUAAUCAGAAGUUUUCUUUCUUUUCUUAUCACCCAGAAAAUAACCACCUACUUGCGAAAUGUACAACAUUGGCUUUAAAAACCAUAGUACGCAGUUGAACGUGCCCUGAUGCCCCUCAAUCAUAGUACAAGUUUACCGCGCCUCUGACGCUGCUUUUUUGAUUGCCAGCGUGUUGUGUCUGACGCUGAGGAUUCUUGCUUUAGCCGUCAUUUCAAUAGUUUUAUUUUAUUUAGUAAGUUACAUUGAAUGUUUUCUCUUUAAUGUAUCUGUUAUUCUUUCAGAAAUUUGUCAUAAUUUUUGUAAUAAAUUUACGUUGGAAAGGUCCAUGUUUUUUGGCAAUGGAAGUGUAAUUUGCUUCACAUUUCGGAGAUUAGAGGGCAUUGGUCUUUAUUUUUCCUGUUCAUAUUUACACAGCCGACGUUGAGCUGAUCGAUUUCUUAGCUAGAAGAUCCCUUGAACUGCUAACUGACAUCGACCCUCUUAACCAAGAUUCUCCAUUCACACGCCAAGUAUGUUUACACGUGAAGUCUGCCUAAGAAUAUUUUAUUAUAAUCUCAGUGUAGCUAUAACCUAAGAGUUGAUGUGUUUUCAUUGCCCUAAUUUUCGAAGCCGACAUCUCAAGUUUUUGGUAAUGUAGCUGUUUAUGUUUACAAAAUACUAACCCUUAUCAUAAGCACGACGCUUUAGGUCAUAACUAUAACGAGUUUCCUUAUUGUCUAAAGGUGUUGUAGUCAGCGGAUUGUAUUAACUAAUUAUCCUGCUAAGAAAUUACUAUUUCAAAGCUGCACGAAAGGAUGCUGCAGAGUGCUUGAUGUUUUAUUUAGCGCCCAGCUAAAAAUUUCCUAGUUAAGCUGGAAUAAUCAAAGGCUUGUCUUUUGUUCGAGUUGACUACUUUACUUGAAUAAUAAGUCACUUGAAGACAGUUUAAACUCCCAAAAGUAUGGAUAUUUUAAAUUAUUCAGCUCUGCAUUUGGUUUUUUUGUUGUCUUAGGCCAUCGGAAGGCUCUAAAAUGUCACAACUUGAGCUCUAAUACUGCUAUCGGAUCAGACGGGGUCAGAUAAUGGGUAUUUUUUUAGAUUUGCAAACGAAUUUGAAUCAAGAAAAGCCUAUUAAUAAUAUGUAAUUCACUUAUUUCACUGUUUAGCAAAAUUUUCAUCAAAAAAAUGAGCCUUUGGCAAGCGUUACCGGCCUAUAAAUAAUGUUUGUCACGAGUCAGGUCUGGUUGAAUGUCAAACCGUUUCAGCCUUCUUCUUUUCUAAACGUUCUCUAAGAAAGUUGGUUGAUAGGAAUCCGUUUCACCGCUAUAAUCCGGUACAGUUGUAUCGACCUAAAACUUGAAUGAAUUCAUUUCAUUGUUUUUGCCGUGUGUUGAACGCAUAAAUACUAUUUUUAGAUGAACAUUCACGUUCAACAAAACGCAUAGAUAAUAUUAUUAGAAACAGAUUCACGUACAGCACGGUCACCUACAUGCCAGUAUUUCUUAGCAUAGUUUAGCCAGUUUUCGUUCAUUGGCUAUUUCUGAAGUGACUAUUGUGCCUUUACAUGUAAGAAUAUAUUCUUCUAUUGUUAGAAGUGCAUAAAUAUAUCUUAUUCCCUUCGA